CGUUAUCUUUAUCCUCCUCGUCUAUCCCUACAGGUCCCCGUCGCGAAUGGUUAUUUCUGUCAUGCGCUGGAUUAUUCUUUUCUCUUGAUACCCCACAGAAUGUCCUCCUCCGAUCUAGCCACGGAGCAUCCGGAAGCACAGUUGCAGCAUGACUCGACCCUAGUCGUUGACAAGGCCGUCUCACUCACCCUGAGCAGCGACUCCCUGCUGAUUGUCGAUGAUCGCCCCAAUCGCAAAUCGGCGCGUAGCUGCUGCGGGUUAUGCAAGUCGAAAGCAAAGAACAAGACCACGCAUGCGAUAUCUUUGUAUAACAUCCUUGACGCCGAAAUCAACCCUUCGAGUCUAGUGAUCACCUACGCCGAGCAUUCGUCAAAGGAUGAUGUCUCUGUAACCGGUCUCCACUAUCCCGUCGGCGAGAAAGAGAAGCCUGCCGUUGAGACUUGGAUGAACAAAUUGCUAGAUCUAGCCUACGGCACGGCCCAGCGCAGAAAGCGACUCAAGAUCUUGAUCAAUCCCUUCGGUGGCAAAGGUAAUGCCGGGAGCCUUUACCAGAAAUACGCUGCGCCUAUAUUUGCCGCUGCGCACUGCCAGGUGGAUGUACAGAGCACGGAGUACCGUGGACAUGCCAUCGAGAUUGCGGAACAACUCGAUAUCGACGCGUACGAUGCGAUUGUCUGUUGUUCUGGUGACGGUCUCCCAUACGAGGUCUUCAAUGGGCUUGGGAAACGGCCCAAUGGCCGCGAAGCAUUGGCUAAAAUGGCCGUGGCACUGCUACCCUGUGGCUCUGGGAAUGGUCUGACGUGGAACUGCUUCGGCACAGGCAGUAACUCGAUUGCGGCGCUGUGCAUCGUCAAGGGUCUAAGGACCCCUCUCGACUUGGUCUCCGUCACGCAGCAGAACGAACGUACUUUGUCCUUCCUUUCUCAAUCCUUUGGUAUUGUUGCCGAGUCAGAUCUCGGUACCGAACAUAUCCGCUGGAUGGGCGCUCAGAGAUUCACAUACGGGUUCCUGGUUCGUCUCUUGCAGCGCACGAUCUGGCCAUGCGACCUGGCCAUCAAGGUUGAAAUGGAUGAUAAGCAAGCCAUCAAAGACCACUACGCGGCGUUCAAAUCCAAACAGGAAGAAGACGGCCCCGUGGCCGACCAGAAACGUCUCGAUGCUGCCAAGCAAUCACCGGCUCUACCAGAACUCCAGUUUGGCACCGUUCAGGACGAGCUUCCCCAGGAUUGGGAGGUCGUUCCAGGCGAGAGCAUGGGCAACUUCUACGCCGGGAACAUGGCAAUCAUGUCUAAGGAUACCAAUUUCUUCCCCGCCUCGCUUCCAAACGAUGGUCUAAUGGACGUUGUCACGAUUGACGGAACCGUCAGUCGCGGUACAUCGAUCAAGAUGAUGACUGAGAUUGAAACUGGCGGCUUCUUCGAUAUGCCCGACGUGAGGAUCCGCAAGGCCAUUGCGUAUCGCCUUGUACCCCACCAAAAGGAGGGUUACAUCAGUAUCGACGGUGAACGUGUACCCUUUGAGGCGUUCCAGUGCGAGAUCCACCAAGGACUGGGCACAGUGCUCGCGAAAUCGAGGCGUACGUAUGAAGCUGAUGGGCCGAGGUGAUUCGUGUGCAGGCCAUGUCUAGACCGCGCUGGACAGAUUUCCUUCCAUUUUUGCUUUUGUGGAUGUUUAAUAUACUUAUACAGCCUGUCCUGGGGCCUUCUUGCUAUCCCACACUCAUGAUACCCUUGCGCAAGAGGUCUGGCAGUUGAAUAUACUCCUUGUUUCUGUUAUUUCCUUGCUUUGACCAGAUUUUAGUAUGCUUUCCUUCAGACAGGUUUUGUCUGCCAGCUGCUCUCGAGUCUACCUACCCGCUUGAGUGAAGCUGUGUACAUAGUCAUCCUAUUGGAAAUACAUGACAUC